CCGUUUAUCCUUUACGAGAACGACCUGUCUGCGUUUUCGCGUGUUCUGGUCCAGACAGUAACAUAAAUUUCAUUCAAUUUCCAUCAAAAGUUACAGUUAAGUUUACAGUUACUGUAAAAAUGUCCCUCGAUUUAUCCGCGACCGAUAGUGUUCCAACGGAGAAGAUAGCCCUGGAAAAGCUGGUCACAUUCUGCCAGCAACUGGCCCACACUUACAGCCAGAUUCGUACCCUAACCGGCGCCGAGCGAUCCAACGUGGACAAAACACUGGCCAAAGCUUCACGCUACGAACUGCUCCGGAAGGUGAACUCAGCGGCCGGCGCUUGCUACUCCGAACAGCAGGUGGAACAGAUCCAGAUCGAAUGCCUCCAUGAGAUUAACAACCGGCUGAUUGCCACCGGGCAGCUGAUAAACGAAACGGCAAAUGACUUCUACAAGCUACAACACAUCUACCAGGACCUCCAGCACACCGCCCAGCAACUGGACUGGACCAAGGAGACAGCCUCCAGUUUGAUCAGCGGAAGCGAGAAGCGGAAACCACUCGAGUACUACCUCCAGCACGGAUUCCGGGUUGUGUACCAGCUCAACAUGGUGGUAUCCCAGAUCAAAUUGGUAUUCGGCGCCGUGGACAUACAACGGAUAGGAUCAAUUCAGAAACUACGCGACUGCUUGAAGAUAUCCGAGGAGCUGGAUCUGUAUCUACGGGAGUUUGUAACGUACACCGCGUUUAUAGUAAAAUAAAUUGAUGGCAUUAUGAGCAUUUU